CUAAAAAUCUUCUUAUACGGACUCGAACUUUUGCGUCGUUUCUUUCAUCAUCUUCCUUUCCUGAAACACACAAGUGGCAGAGUGCGUGGGCACUCUCACUCCCUACCAUGCCAAACGCAAACGAUCCUCCCUUUUUCUCGAGACGCUGUUGGUGAAAUAAAUGGGCGCUGGAGGGAAUUUCUGGGAUUUACUCAAGCCUCAUGCCCGACUGGAAGGCUUCGAUUUCUUGAGGGACAAACGGGUCGCCGUGGACCUCUCGUACUUCAUCGUCCAGUCUGAAACUGCCAUUAAAGGGAACUUUCGAAAUCCGCAUAUAAGAUCAAUAUUCUUCCAGACCAUCAAUCUCUUCUCCAAGUUUGGGACAUUUCCAGUUUUUGUGACAGACGGGACUCCAUCUCCUCUUAAGUCUCAGGCAAGGAUUGCACGAUUCUACCGAGCAUCUGGGGUUGAUGUAUCAAGUCGGCCUGUAGUAGUAGAGGGUAUAUCAGUUCAGAGGAACAAGUUUUUUCUUAAGUGUGUUCGCGAAUGUGUUGAUUUGCUCGAACUCCUUGGAAUGCCUGUUUUAAAUGCUAAAGGGGAAGCUGAAGCACUCUGUGCACAGCUGAAUAGAGAAGGACUUGUUGAUGCUUGUCUUACUGCUGAUAGUGAUGCAUUUCUCUUUGGAGCAAAUUGUGUUAUCAAACGCAUCCACCCUAAAUCCAAAGAUCCAUUUGAGUGUUAUCAUAUGUCUGACAUUGAGGCUGGUCUGGGGCUCACGAGAAAGCAUUUGAUAGGCAUUUCUAUUUUGGUAGGAAAUGACCACAAUCUAUCUGGGGUACGUGGUAUUGGUUUAGAGACAGCAUAUCAAUUUGUUAAGUCUUUCAGCGAAGAUGAGAUUUUAGAGAGGUUAUUGAAAAUUAGUAGGGGAGGAAUUGUGAAACUAAAUGGUAUUGCCGGUGGAGAGGGUGACGUCAUUACUACUUCAGAUGAUAACCCCCGGAAACCAAAACUUACACAUUGCUCACUCUGUGGACAUCCAGGCAGUAAGAGAACUCAUCUCAAGAGUGCUUGUGAACUAUGCAGAAAAAAAGCUGGUGAGGGUUGCAAGAAAAAAGACUCAGAUUUUAAGUGUAACUGUUCAUCAUGCAACAUGGAUAGGAAAGAAGAUGAACAGAGGAAGUAUGAAAAUUGGCAUAUUAAAGUCUGCAGACAGAUUGCUUCGGAGGAAUUCCCACAUGAUUUAAUCAUUAAUAUGUAUUUGCAUAAUGAAAACAGACUUGAUGAAGACCGCGAGAAGAUAUCUUGGACAGACCCAAAAACUGAAAUGCUAGUUGAGUAUUUAGCUCGACUUCAGGGAUGGAAGCCUUCCGAUACGCGGAGGAGAAUGCUCCCAAUGCUAUCAACUUUGUUUCUGAGAGAUGUAGCUUCAAAUUCUGAAAGUCUUUUACUCUAUGGACAGUAUGAGUUUGCUCAUAUCAAGAGGGUGAAAACAAGAUACGACCAUCAGUUUUAUGUCGUCUAUUGGAAGAAAGCAACAAACACAGUCUUUGCUGAUACCGAUGACACAGUCACCUCCAGAAGGCCCAAUAUGCAUCAGGACAAUACAACAUCUAAUGAAUUCAUGGAAGUUCCUCCUGAUAGGAUGGAAGUUCAUAUCAAGAAAACCGGGAGAGCUAAUGAAGUUAUAGAUUUAACAGAGGAUCCAGCUGAAGAUAUCCAUACAGUUAUGUCCGAAGAGCCUAACAUGUAUCAAGAAAAUAUGACAUCUAAUGGGGUGAAAUAUUUGACAAAUGACCAUCCUGACAGGACGAAAGUUCAUAUCAAGAGAACCGGGAGAGCUGAUGAGAUUAUUGAUUUAACAGAAGAGCCAGUUGAUGAUAUCCAAACACUUACAUUAGAAAAGCCAAAUAUGCUUCUAGAAACUUGGAGAGCUAUUGAUGAAUCGAAAUAUCUAACACAGGAGGGUGAUGAUGUGUUGGACAUUGCCACCAAAGAAGGUGGGAAGGAUGAAGAAGUGAAUGAUUUAACAGAAGGGUUUAAUGGGCCAGAGAUUCAUAGAGAGGACGGCUGCUGCUAUUUGUCAACUGAUGAAGACAUAGAACUUGUUCGGAAAUCUUUUCCAGAAAAGGUCAACCAGUUUCUGAAGCAAAGGCAGGAGUCAAUAAGAAAAAGAAGGCAGGGGAGUUCAGGGUCCUCUGGCGGAAGUGGUGUUCAGCCAAGUAUAGACAGCUUUUUUCGAUCCUCUAAAGGCAACACCACCUGCCACACAAAGCUGGAGGGUGGGGGGAAUCCGGCUGUUAGUUCAAGCAGUGGAUCUAGCGCUUCCAAAAAAGAACAACAAAAAGAAGAGAAUCUUUCCAACUUUCGCAAGCCAGUUAGGCGCAAACUUGUAUUUGAGUGAUAGAUCCUUAUGUCCUCCCAUCAAUUAGUGUGCUCUUCUUCUUGUUUUGUCUGAACUGCAAUUUGGUUGUAUAUUAGGUCAACAGUGAAUGUGCAUGUGCAACUGGAAGUUGGCAAACGGGGUUUUAAUCUUGCUGUGACCAUUGGGAGGCUAAAUUCCCCUUUGUGAAUAUUAAGUACUGGAAAUAAAACUCUAAUCUUCUUUGCU